UGCAGGAGACCUUAGGUGUCAGGUUUUCCUGAAGUGCCAGGAUAAGCUCAAAAAGUGGAAGGAGUUUUUUCUUUCUUUUUUCUGUCUAAUCUUUGAUCUGUAAAAGACUGGAGAAGAGCAAACUGGAGAGUAGUUCACUCCAGUUGAAAGAGCGUAGAAGUGUGUGUAUGAGUGUGUGAGAUUGAGAAGGCCAUGUCUGCGGUGGUGAGGAGAGUACUAGGGAGGAGGUGUCACUACCACGGGCUGCUGGCUCGCACCAGGCGUUGGAGGCAGGGCCGCUCACGCAGCCGGAGCCGGGCAGCCAACAAGGAGUCAACCUCUGAGCGUGCGGGCCGUCGACGCAGCAUGCCUGGAACCACCACCAUGGACAAAGCUUCAUCUACGAUUGAGGAGGCCUCUUCUGCGGCCCUGAGAGUCACGGGCUUCCUGAGCCGAAGGUUGAAAGGCUCCAUCAAACGCACCAAGAGCCAACCCAAGCUCGACCGCAACAGCAGCUUCAGGAACAUCCUUCCGGCCUUCAAGAGCGCCGACCAUGACGGAUCCCAUCUGAUGCCGAGGCUGAAAGAGUCAAGGUCUCACGAGUCGUUGCUCAGCCCCAGCAGUGCAGUGGAAGCUCUGGAUCUCAGUAUGGAGGAGGAAGUGCUCAUCAAACCUGUGCACAGCAGCAUCCUGGGACAGGACUUCUGCUUCGAGGUAACUACAUCUACAGGAAGUAAAUGCUUCUCUUGUCGGUCAGCAGCAGAGAGAGAGAAAUGGAUGGAGAACCUCAGGCGAGCUGUGCAUCCCAACAAGGACAACAGUCGUCGGGUGGAGAACAUGUUAAAAUGUUGGAUUAUUGAAGCCAAGGACUUACCAGCUAAGAAAAAGUACUUCUGUGAACUGUGUCUUGAUGACACGCUUUACGCUCGGACUACCUGCAAGCUCAAAACGGACAAUGUUUUCUGGGGUGAACACUUUGACUUCAACAACCUGCCCUCAGUCAAGAGUAUCACCGUGCACCUUUACAAAGAGACGGACAAGAAGAAAAAGAAGGACAAAAACAACUACGUGGGCCUGGUGAACAUUCCCGUGGCCACGGUGACAGGUCGGCAGUUUGUGGAGAAGUGGUACACGGUGAGCACUCCCAACCCCAGCAAGGGCAAAGCGCCGGGGCCCAUGGUGCGCAUGAAAUGCCGCUACCAGAGCAUGAGCAUCCUCCCUAUGGAGCUGUACAAAGAGUUCGCUGAGUACAUCACCAACAACUACAUGCUCCUCUGUUCAGUACUUGAGCCUGCAAUCAGCGUCAAGAGCAAGGAGGAGAUGGCCUGUGCACUCGUGCAUAUUCUCCAGAGCACCGGCAAGGCUAAGGAUUUCCUGACCGAUCUGAUGAUGUCAGAGGUAGAUCGGUGUGGCGACAAUGAGCACCUGAUAUUUCGGGAGAACACCCUGGCCACCAAAGCCAUUGAGGAAUAUCUUAAACUGGUGGGCCAAAAGUACCUACAGGAUGCUUUAGGCGAGUUUAUCAAAGCGCUGUACGAAUCAGAUGAAAACUGCGAAGUGGACCCAUCCAAGUGCUCCUCCAGCGACCUGGCCGAGCACCAAGGCAACCUGAAGAUGUGCUGCGAGCUUGCGUUCUGCAAGAUCAUCAACUCCUACUGUGUGUUCCCACGCGAGCUGAAGGAGGUGUUUGCGUCUUGGCGGCAGGAGUGCAGUAACCGCGGCCGACCAGACAUCAGUGAGCGACUGAUCAGUGCCUCGCUCUUCCUGCGCUUUCUGUGUCCCGCCAUCAUGUCCCCAUCACUCUUUGAUCUAAUGCAGGAAUAUCCGGAUGACCGCACGGCACGCACACUCACCCUCAUCGCAAAGGUCACGCAGAACCUCGCCAACUUCGCAAAGUUUGGCAGUAAGGAGGAGUACAUGUCCUUCAUGAACCAGUUCCUGGAACACGAGUGGACCAACAUGCAGCGCUUUCUGCUGGAGAUCUCCAACCCAGAGACCAUUUCGAACACUGCAGGCUUCGAGGGUUACAUCGACCUCGGCCGAGAGCUCUCAACACUCCACUCGCUGCUGUCUGAGGCUAUUGCUCAGCUCGACCAGGGCACUGCGACUAAACUGGGGCCUUUGGUACGGAUCCUGAGGGAUGUAAACGUGGCCCUGACUAACCCCACCGGAGCGCCGCUGUCCUCCCCUACAGAGCGCGUGGGUUCUCCCAGCAUGCCCGGCUGCAGCGUCUCAACCGGUCUGCACAAGCUAGUCAUGGACUCGGAGCUUAGCGGGUUGGUGGAUUUCACCCGGCUGCCCUCUCCAACCCCUGAGAACAAGGACCUGUUCUUCGUGACUAGGGCCUCAGGAGUCCAGGCAUCACCAGCUCGCAGCUCAAGCUACUCAGAGGCCAAUGAGCCAGACAUGCAGAUCUCCAAUGGCAGCAAGAGCCUGUCCAUGGUGGACCUACAGGACAGUAGAAGUGUUGAGAGCAGUGCCAAUACAGUGUCUAGUGACCCUACCAAUGAUACCCAGGGUACUGGGGCAUGGGUUGCUCGUACUUUAAAAAGUGGCACAGCUGGAGGGCCUACUUUGAGGAAGAAUGGCCAAACUCCCACUACACCAGGCAUAGAGAGUGCACCAGGCCGGCCACAGCUCCUAGCUCCUCUCUGCUUCCAGAACCCUGUGUACCAGAUGGCAGCUGCUAUGCCAGUGUCUCCACGUGGCACUGCUGAUUCAGGUUCAGAAUGCCAAAGCUCCACUGGCUCCCAGGGCAAUCCUGAGGAUGUGGCCACACUAGGGAUCAAGCCAACAUUUAUCACACAAGCCAACAUGGGCACCGGGUCUAUAAGUGUAGGAGCAGGAGCAAGUAACAGUGAUGACUUUGCAAGACGCUCUGGUGAGUUUACACGAAGACAGAUGUCCCUCACUGAGACCCAAAACCAAUCCAAUGUCCCAAGACAGAACAGCUCUGGGCCGCAGAGGCGGAUCGAUCAGCCUCCUCCACCGACAGUCACUCGAGGGCGCACCCCUCCCAGCAUGCUCAACACUGCGCCCUAUCCACGGCCCUCUAGUGGCAGCAUGAUGUCAUCGUCUUCUCCUGACUGGCCCAGCAAUGGGGCCAGGAUGAGGCAGCAGUCCUCGUCUUCUAAAGGAGACAGUCCUGAGACCAAACAACGCACACUGCACAAACAGGCCCCGUCUCCAGUGAAUCCCACUGCUCUGGACCGCACGGCUGCGUGGUUGCUAAAUAUGAAUGCACAGUAUCUGGAGCAGGAGGGAAUUGACCCAGAUUCCAAGCACAGGGAAGACCUUCUAAACAAGGAUGAGCUCAGCCAGGCUGAAAAGUAUCAGCAGGAGAUCAGCAUGCUGCAGGAGCGUCUCCGUCUGGCCUUGAAGAAGCUCGAGGAGUACGAGUCACGCCUUCAGGCCCAGGAUGAUCAAACGCAGAAAAUGCUGCUGGAGUACCAGGCUCGGCUGGAGGAUGCCGAGGAGCGACUGCGCAGGCAGCAGGAGGACAAAGAACUUCAGAUGAAAAGCAUCAUCACCAGGUUAAUGUCAGUCGAAGAGGAGCUGAAGAAAGACCAUGCAGAUAUGCAGACUAUUGUUGACUCCAAACAGAAGAUUAUUGAAGCCCAGGAGAAGCGGAUAGCGUCUCUGGAUGCGGCUAACGCUCGCUUGAUGAGCGCUCUGUCGCAGCUGAAGGAACGCUACAGCAUGCAGACGCGCAACGGCAUCUCGCCCACCAACCCAAGCAAACUGCAGAUCACAGAGAACGGCGAGUUCCGCAACAGCAGCAACUGCUAGCAACGACACGAAACCCCUGUCGGGUUUACAAGGGCUACGGGUAAAACAUAGAAAUACAUGAAUACAUAAUGAAAUGCCACACAAUGGAAAACAAUCUGGACUCUUUGGACCGUCUGAAAAAAAUCUGAUAUCAGAACCUGUUUCGACCAGUUUUGGCUUUCGAUCAGUUCAGGAUGACUGACGGACGAGUUUAAUGGGUCUUUGUUAGUAGUACAAAAAAAAAAACAGGUUUGUGAAACCUAGCAAUCAGAUCAGCUUUCUUAGUAGACAUUACGUCUGUUGUAUGCCUCGUUGACUCGUGCGUGUUUUUAUAUGAACAAGAACAAGCCAAGCAAAGACGAAAAACUGGAUGAGUGUGGGAAAGAGUGCUUUUAAUUCGAAAAUUAUUAUUAUUAUCAUUUUUUAUUAGUCAAAGCACUUUAUUUAAGUGUUUUUUUUAUUAUUAUUUCUAUGAUUUCUGGUAGGCCAAAUAGUUCCAUUUUUGAUACGUUUCUACAUGAUCACAUUUUUUCUUUUUUUCUUACCUACAACCUUCUCGCAUGUCUCAAACCAACCAGAGCUAGCAGUAGCACAAACAAUAAUUAUUAGUAUUAUAAUUUGAAUUUUUUUUUUAUGUUUGUACUGAUAAAAAGGAAUCUUAAAUUCCUUUUUUUUUUUCUUUUUUUGGCCUAUUUUUGUACAUAGUUUAAUUUGCGUUCCUUCAUACUAUUAAUGUACAUAAAAUGUACACUAUGAGUUUGUUUGUUGGUUUGUUUGUUUGUUUUUGUUUGUUAGUUUUGAGCAGAGCAGAGAGAUAUUUUGUACAGUGUAUAUUCCCGUGUUAACUUCCUCGGUUCUGCGUAAAACGUGUCAGGCUUCGGCUGUAAAUUCAGGUGCCGCUUUUAGAAACCAGCUCCGAGAACCUGUGCACACGUUCCUUAUUCAUGACGCUAAUCUCGAGCUGUGGCUGUGCUGUGGCGUGGGUAGAGACAAACAGAAAAAGAACAAAAAAACAAAAAAACAGAUGCUUAGCAAUGUCGUUCUUGUGUAAGGGAGAAAACCGAGAUCAUUUCCCCCUGGAUUUAAGGCAUCAGUGUUUAACCAUUAUGCACUUUCUAGCAGUAGGGAAACGCACUUUAACCAAAAUAAAUACAAAAAAUAAAUAAUUAAUAAGACAUCUUGUAAUAGAGACUACCCAUGGACACAGGGAUGAACAUGUAGCAUUGAUGGCGAGUAAGAAAAUAGAGAAGGCCGCACGUGUUAUUCGGCCCCCCCUCAGGUCCGGUUUGUGUUCUUCCAGUCUUAAUAGCACCUGUUCUUACAGUUCCAUGAAUGCAGGCGGAUAGUCUUACACAGAUGUACAGUACCAAUUUUACUUAUAGUUCUACUUUUACACAGAUUUUGGCCAAGGUGAUGGUUUUGUCGUGGUAUUGACUUUUUAAGGGGGAAAGAAUGAACAAAAUCAAGGGGGGAAAAAACACAAGAAGAAGUUCCUUUCCAUAAUAUCCCCACAGUUACUUAGAAAUCAUGAGUUGUAAUUAUGAAUUUGUGCUUUUUAAUUUAUGAUUUUAAUUUAUCUCCAGGGUCAUUUAUUCUAUUCUAUUCUAUUUAUUACUGUGUGCGAUUUGUCCGACUGGCCCAAACGUUUUAGAGCGUCCGUGAGCGUGUUAGUGACGUGUGAAUGAUAUGAUAGAUGUCAGGUAGCUGAGAUCCUCAGACACUGGGUUCUCAGUAUUGCAAGACUUUCACUCUACUGAUAAGUGGUCUUAAUGUGCCCCCUUCUGUUCCUGUAAACAUUAAAUCAUUUCUUAAGUAAUAAGCUUGAUACGCAAAUAUUUUGUUUACAGAGUUAUGAAAUUGUUAUAAAAUAUGAUAUAAUAUAAUGCUCAAAAAAAUUUAAGAAACAUUUAGUCCUGGUUUGACUCGAACAUAUAUGUAUAGGGGCGUUCAAGUGAAAUCGGGACUAAUUGUUGGUAAUUUGCUUUUGAGCCAUAUAUGAUGUAUAAAAAGCAUUGCACAUAAGCUUCCUCUGUCCUGUUUCCCAGUUAAAGGCAAUAGUACUGCACACACACACACACACACACACACACACACUGUAACGUAUUCCAGUGAUCCUCUUCUGCCACCUUGUGCAUGGUGUUUUCUUUUACAAGGUGUAAAGCAGGCCAUAACAACUUUCAUCAUCAUCUAUUGUCCCCUUUCUGGCAUGCAAAAAAAAAAAAAAAAAAAAAAAGCUUCUUUUUUUUUUUAUUCUUCCAUGUCACAAAGUCUUUUAUAUGUAUGUUUAAGAGUAAAAUUUGCUCCUUGUAAAUAUGUCAAGAGAAACAAAAAUAAACAUACUAGUAUAUGGAGAGUCAUUUGUGUUAAAGAGAAUGUUCAGUGCAAUUAAUGUACAAUUGCCACUAGAAAUAUUAAAGUUUAUUUAGCUAUUUCAAA